CAUCAUAACUUUAAUUUGUCAAUAUUUUGAAUUCUUCCAAACUGUCACUAUUCUCAAAAACCUUUCUGACUCCUGCAAGUCUCAGCAAGAGUACAACCAAUAAAGCAUCAAAUGACACAUCUUCCUCAUCUUUUACCAAUCAUGGACUUGGAAAUGAAGAAACUACAAGACGUUUUCUUUCUCCAAUUAGAGAAGAACGUGUAUGGAUUGUGUUUCACUAGCUCAUUCGUUAUCCUUACCUUAUGUGUGAAUUCAUGUUCGCUCACUUCCUAUCUGCUCUAAUGCUCAUAAACAAUAGAAGGAAAUGGCUUCAGACACAAUUAUGGCAAGUUUUGUGUGCCAAGUGCAUAGUGGAAUAAUAAAGAGAAUAGCACAUGGCCAAGGUGAUGUUAAAUGUAAAGUGCAGGUAAAGAAUCUAAAACUCAACUGGUCUCUCCCAUGUUGGUCUAGAGCACCAAGGAUCAAUCUUCGGACUCCAGCAUAUGAGAUGACUACGAUUGAACCAGAGGUAUCAACAAGCAGCAGUCCCGACUACGCUAAAAAGUUGAUACAAAACUAUGUGCCAGUUUAUGUAAUGCUCCCAUUGGGAGUUGUUACAACUGAUAAUGAACUGGAAGAUAGAGAUGGGAUAAAGAAACAACUCAAACAACUACAAGCAGCAGACGUGGAUGGGGUAAUGAUUGAUGUUUGGUGGGGGAUUGUAGAAUCCAAAGGGCCAAAUCAGUAUGAUUGGACUGCCUAUAGGAGCUUAUUUAAGAUAAUUCAAGAAUGUGGCUUGAAACUUCAAGCUAUUAUGUCGUUCCACCAAUGUGGAGGAAAUGUGGGAGAUUCUGUCAAUAUCCCACUCCCCAGUUGGAUUCUCAAAAUUGGAGAAUCAAAUCCUGAUAUCUUCUACACAAACCGAUCAGGGACCAGGAACAAGGAGUACCUCACUCUUGGAGUUGAUAACCAACCUCUCUUUCAUGGGCGAACUGCUGUAGAGUUAUACAGGGAUUACAUGAAGAGUUUCAGAGAAAAUAUGGAGGAUUUUUUAGACAAUGGUCUAAUAAUAGACAUUGAAGUGGGACUCGGCCCCGCCGGGGAGUUGAGGUAUCCUUCAUAUGUACAAAAUCAGGGAUGGGAAUUUCCAGGGAUUGGAGAAUUCCAGUGCUAUGACAAAUAUCUCAAAAUGGAAUUCAAAGGGGCUGCAGUAACUGCGGGACACCCUGAAUGGGAACUUCCAGAUAAUGCUGGAACAUACAAUGACGCCCCUGAAUCUACAGAGUUCUUCAGAUCAAAUGGCACUUAUCAAUCUGAUGAAGGAAAGUUUUUCUUGACAUGGUAUUCCAACAAGUUAUUGAACCAUGGUGAUCAGAUCCUUGAAGAAGCAAACCAAGUUUUCCUUGGUUGUAAACUUAAAUUAGCAGCCAAAGUAGCCGGGAUCCACUGGUGGUAUCAAACAGAAAACCAUGCAGCAGAGCUUACAUCAGGAUAUUAUAAUUUGAAAACUAGAGAUGGAUACCGACCUAUAGCACGGAUGCUAUCAAGGCACCAUGCAAUUUUGAAUUUUACAUGUCUAGAGAUGAGAAAUUAUGAGCAUAUUUCAAAAGCCAAAAGUGGACCUGAGGAACUAGUUCAGCAGGUUUUAAGUGGCGGCUGGAGAGAAGGCAUUCCAGUAGCAGGAGAGAAUGCACUACCAAGGUAUGACCAUGCAGCUUACAAUCAAAUUCUUUUGAAUGCUAGACCAAACGGAAUCAACAAAGAGGGUGAACCAAAGCAUAAGAUGUUUGGAGUGACAUACCUUCGACUUUGUAACAAACUCCUGCAGAAAAGAAAUUUCAAUAUAUUCAAGAGCUUUGUGAUGAAGAUGCAUGCUGAUCAGGGAUACUGCCCCAACCCAGAGGACUAUAACUGCUAUGUUGUCCCACUCAAUCAGUCAAAAGAAAAAAUUUCAAUGGAAGCACUUUUAGAAGCAACUGAACCAUUGGAGCCAUUCUCAUGGGAAAGGGAAACCGAUACCCCAAUUGGUGGUCCUUUUGUAGAUUUCUUUAAUAGAAUACUAUACAUAUUUAAGUGAAAUAAGAGAUACACCAAACAUUACUAUAGAAUCCAUGUAUAAGAAACAAUGUUCCCAAGUUCCUCCUGCUAUUGUAUAAAAUCGAUAUGAAAUGAAGUUAAAUAGUUACCGAAAAA